AUGGCGAUGCUCGGAGAAGCGGAUCCUUCCGGGAGCAGUGGGGGCCACGCGGCCCACCGAGGGACCCCUGCGACCCCCAUCCGGUCCCGGUUCUACCCGGUGACCUCAGGAACGAUGCUUUCCCUCCGCCUGCUGCUCUUGCUGCUGCUGCUGCUGCCCCUGACCCCAGGGCUCGGCCGAGCCCAGCCGGGGCCGCUUUCACCCCAGGCUGUGGCCCUGCUCCGAGCCCUGGGGCUGAGCGAACCCCCAGCGCCUCGGCAACCCCGACCCGUCCCCCCGCUGCUCUGGCGGCUCUUCCGCAAGAGCCAGGAGAAGCUGGCGGCCGCCAAGGAGACCCAAGAGCCCCAGGGGCCCGAGCAGCAGGCCCAGCCCUGCCGCGUGGAGGAGCUGGGAGUCCCCGGAAAUAUCGUCCGGCUUGUCCCAGACCGUGGUAAACUGAGGAACCAGGGGAAGCUGCUGUCGGGAUCCCGAGCUGGGGGAGGGGCGGACUCACCCCAAGCCCGUGGACCCCCGAGACACCGGCUAAACCCCAGCCGACCAGUAACCCGCCCCCCCCGGGCCCCGUGUCUCCCUUUCCCCCCAGGUGGCUCGGUUCAGUUCGAGGAGCCGGCCCUGGCCCCCCUGUGUGUGGAGAAGCCCCUCUUCUUCAACCUCUCAGCCCUGGCCCCCCAGGAGCAGCCGACCCUGGUCCGGCUGGAGCUGGCCUGCGCCCGGGGGGCCCCAGGGCCAGGCUGGGAGCUCAGCCUGUCCCUAGCCCCAGGGCCCCAGCUGUGGGGCUGGCAGGCCCACUGGCACCACCGCCAGCUCCUCCUGACGCAGCCCCUGCUCCCGGGCCAGGACACCAUCCACCUGGACCUGCUGGACCUGGGGCUCGUGGGGCCUUCCGCCCUCCCGCGCAACCUGAGCUUGGUCCUGGAGAUCCUGGCUGGCGGCGGGGGCGACGGCAACGGCACAGAGGCGGCCUGCACCAGCCUGGGCCGCUCCUUGGAGGCCUCCCUGCUGGUGGUGACCCUCCACCCCCAGCAGUGCCGGCCUUUGGCCCGGAGGCGGCGGACCGUGGCCCCGGCGGCCCCGGCCCCCGACCGCAUCUGCAGGCCCCACCAGCUGUACGUCAGCUUCCGGGACGUGGGUUGGCACGACUGGAUCAUCGCCCCGCGCGGCUUCAUGGCCAACUACUGCCGGGGCUCCUGCCCCUUCCCCCUGGCCACCCAGCUCAACAGCGUCAACCAUGCCAUCCUGCAGUCACUGAUGCACUCCGUGGCCCCUGCCCAGACCCCCCUCCCCUGCUGCAUCCCCGUCAGGCUCUCGCCCAUCUCUGUGCUCUUCUACGACAACGGCGACAACGUGGUCCUGCGGCACUAUGAGGACAUGGUGGUGGACGAGUGCGGGUGCAGGUGA